CACAGGUUCUCUGGAUGUUGGAUCUGAUGCUGGCGGAAUAAACUCAACAAAUCUCUAUUUUCAAAGAUGUCACGUUCGAACUUUCAACGCUCCCAGAGUCGAGUUUGGUAUGGCAACGGUAACAGUGUGCCAGAUAAUCCCUUCUACGGGGAUGCCCUCGCCAUGGGUAGUGGAUAUUAUUUUCACUACAAUCAACUGCAGGGGCGGCAGCCUUCGUCACUGAGGCCUUCGCAGCCGAGCAGUUUUCAGGAUUUGGAGGAGGAAGAGGAACUGCUGGUGCAGACGACGCCCGAAAAGCAAAUCAAUGGCAAUGUGAACACCAGUGCCGGUAGCACCAACAGUAGCGGAUCUGCCAGGAGUGGCAGCACAGUUUGGAAUGAGGCCAACCGUCAGGGCAGCCCGGCUAGUCACAAAAGUCAGGACUCUGGAUUUUCGGACACAGAACUCUCACCAAACAUGCCAUCGAUAAAUAGCAAUACCAGCUCAAAUAGUAAGAAUUUCAAUGAAUCCUCACCGGACAAAUUGACACCAAAGAGAACCAUCAACGAGCAGCUCUUCCAGCGAUCGCCUUCCAUCUCCAGUGAAGUGUCCACCCCACCGACCGUAAUUCGACGACCUGCGCCGGAGAUAGCUCGCGAUGAAAUUACCGCACGACGAAUAUCGUACAGUGAACCCCACUCGCCAACGCUUUCUCCCGCAGAUCCAUGCGAGGACCUGGUGUCCAAAAUAGAUAGCCUCAACUUUGAUAAUACAUCGCCCCUCGACGGUAGUCAACUGAGCGGGAAGUUCAAUACCACCGAAGAAGAUGGUUGCCCAUCGUCGACGGGACCUUCAUCGCUGUCGUCAUCUUGCCACUGUCCCACUCGAAGCAGUGGAAGUUCCCUCAAGCGUGGUCGAGUAAUAACCAAAUGCAGUCGAGUCAAGCGAAACCUCAACCACCAGUUGCGAGACUCCGAAGAGGAGAUGAUCUCGCUGGAUAGCAGUGAGCUAACGAGCAUCCUUAACCAAACUCUAGCGCAGGACGUCAGUCUGUCGGCGUUGAAAACUCCAAAAAGCAUCCUCAAAUCACCCCCAUCCUACAACAACGAAACCGUAUUCCUUGGGUACGUUUCACCCGACCGCAACAACAAUCUCCGCUCGAAAUGCGGCGAAAAUAUUCCCACCCGGGACAAAGAACUCCCCUCCUACGCUGAACUCUACCCGAACGGGACCUCAACUCCCAUCAUGUACCCGCCAAAGUUCUACCGCUCACUCCCCCCAACUCCGACUCGAACGCAACGCAGUCCCACCAAGCUACGUCCCACCAAGCUGAUCGACAACUUCUACGAAGAACCUGACCCAGACCCCAACCAUCGUCUCUCCUCCAAAGCCGAACAGACCUUCACCGAGUACGACAACCCUCUGCUCAAUGGGCACACCCCCGCCGUCCAAUCGUGGCUCGACGGACUCAGGUUUUCCUACCAAAGUGAAGUCAUGUCCAUCCUGCAGACUAAAUCGAUCAGCGUGGAAGCCACUCGGAACAUCAAGAUGACUUCGGCAACCGCGGUGAAACUGAUCCGCCAUCUUCAGUCCAAGGUCAUUUCCCUGCAGGGAGAAUUCGAGAAGGUCGAAAAAGUGUUCGCCUCAAUCAAACGCUACCAACAGCAACAGGAGGAAGAAGACGAAGACGACGAGAAGGAGAUCUACCAAAAAGCGGCACCGUUGGUGCAGAGCCUGGCUGCCAACAUUUAUGAAUUCAUUCAGAAGCAGAAAUCAAACGACUACUUCGGGAAGGAUUCGACGGAGCGGGCGGAUCUGAAAAAGUUCCAGGAGAACAGUCAAUCGCUGGUCGAUAUGACGACGGAUCUGAGGAUUGCGGCAGCCAAUGGGGAGGAUUUCGACUACCGAUCGGUGGAAGAGGAAGUCCAGAUCAUCAAGCGGUACUUCCUGAUUACUAUUCGGUUGAUUUUCAAAAAUUUGGUCAAGGUGAUCGUCGACACGAUCGAGGACUCCAAGUGUGAUUUGAUUCUGCGGUCGAAUCUGAGCUACGUUUCGAUGCUGUCCAAUUUGGACUUCCAAGGGUUGGCUUCGCUGAACGAUGCCUUCAUCUCGAAUGGGACGGUCCGGGCACUGUUGAUCGUGUGCAUUGAGUGCAAGUUUUCGUCGAUCAGGGCGUUGACUUUGAGAGCUCUGGCAACGGUGUGUUCGACGACGGAAACGAUAAGGCAGCUGGAGAAGGCGGACGGGGUGGAGAUUCUGCGGGAUAUUCUGGCCGAUCAGAAGUCCCACGAGCGGAGUGAGCCUGAAUUCCGGGAGGCAGUGUCGGUUCUGACGCAGAUUACGGCUCCCUGGCACGGGGAGGACCACCGGAUAGACGGGCUGAGGCAGCAUGUGCACGCGAUCGUGGAAGCCGUCACAGAGAUUGUCGAUAAAACAACCUGCUGUCAGACGUUGCUAUUGUGUUCCGCGUGCCUCAACAAUCUAACCCGCAUCGAGGCCACUGCCGUCUACUCGCUGAUGUCCCACGAAGCUGCCGGGAAGCUGAAGGCGGCCGCCGACCGACGAGGACCCGGUGCAUCGAUAUUUCUCUUUGAGCAAAUCACCUCGAUGCUGUACAACAUGUCCUCGAACAAGAAAUCGCACCAGCACCUGACCGGCCGCCCGUUGGUGACCUUCCUCACCGGAACCUUCAAUCAGAAGUUUUACGAACGAAUGGACAGCCGCGUGGAAACCGAAGCCCAGCGCAAGACAAUCAAAAACAUCCUCCACGUUCUGUCGCGGCUCGUCUCGAGCGGUGCCAUCGGAUGCCACGACGAACUGCUCGAGUCAACAAUAGUGCCGAUUUUUUCUCGCUUCGAGCGUACCCUGGACGAUCGGAACGAGCACUUUCGGGACAUUUCCCAAUUGAAUCGACGACUAAAUGAGAGCCUAUCCGGUGCCGGUGCUCCGAGGGCGACUCCUCCGCCGCCGCCGCUUUCAGUUGGGACAACCGCAAAUCCGUACAUAACAAGAUUAACCAUCGAAAGGCAACCCAACGGGGGCAUCAUUAUGCUGGACAACAACCGCCAGGAGAGUUACGUUUGAUGAGCAUCGAAUUGCUGUGUGUGUGUGUAUGUGUGCAAGAUUCGAUAAGCUCUUAAUGCGAUUGACUUGUGUGGUGCUGAAAUAAAUCAGUCUGCGGUGUAGUGGCAGCCUUAUCAACGGAACUAGUUGAUACACCGCUGAAUUGUAACCGAGAGGCCUACCCGUUUCACAGAAGUCAAUAAAUUAUUCAUGAUUUGGAUAAACGCGAACUGUAUACGACUAUAGUGAUGAACUACAUCCAACUGAUCAGUGGUGCCCUUGGGGCGGAAAAUUGCAACAAACAAGCCAAUUUGUGCCCGAGAGUUGACUGGGAUGGAUGCUGGGAGGGUGAUUACGAUAUUUACAUAUGCCAGUGCCAAAUAAAUUGUGCGUCGUUAGAAGCGACGACAGCGGAAUAACAUUCAUUGUAGGAAUACUUUACCGUAGGUGCCAUAGCCAUGUACCCGUGUUGGAGCGUGUUGGAUUAUGUAAAGGACAUAAUUUAAGGCUAAGUGAAAGUAGUUUUAAGGAUCAGA